AUGACUCUCUCGCGCGCAGACCUCGAAGCCCUCGCGGCAACUCACGUCCGUGACGCCAUCCCCUCGGAGCCCCUCGCUGCCGCGCUAUCAUCCCCGCCUUUCAUCCCGACCCGCUCCCUCGUCAACGUCCGCGACCUCGGCGCCGUGCCGGGAAGCGCCAUCCGCCCCGGCCGCAUUUUCCGCUCGGGGAUGCUCGACGCUGCCGCCGCCGACCCGGAGGCACUCGCCUGGUUGGCCGCCAACGUCAGUACCGUCUUUGACUUGCGCAGUGAGCGCGAGCGCGCUGGGUAUCCGAGUCCUGAAGUUCCUGGUGUCAAGUUUAUCUUUUAUGAGCGUGAUGGUUCAUAUCCUGGAUCGCCUGACCCUGCUGUUUUCGCUGUUGAUGAUGGAAGUACUGCUUGGAGGGAGCAGUUGCUGGCUGUUGCGAGGGCGUACAAGCCAACCAUCCGUGCUGUUCUAGAGCACGUGAGAGAUAAGCCCCAGGAGCCUUUUCUCUUUCACUGCACAGCUGGUCGUGAUCGCACAGGCGUAGUCGCCGGUCUCCUCCAGACCCUCGCCGGCACGGAGCAGCCCGACGUGGUCUUUGACUACAUGCUCUCCCGCAUCGGCACUGAACAAGCUCGCGACCGCCUCGUCGUCUUCAUCAAGACAGCCCUCGGUGUAGACGACCCCGAGACGCCCGGGUUCUGGAACAUGGCGAGCCUGCGGCCGACCUUCUGGAAAGCCUUUGUCGAGGGGGUUGAUGCCGAGUUUGGCGGGUGGGAUGGCUACGUCACCAAGGCUUUGGGGUUCUCGGCUGAUGAUUUGGAGACGAUCAAGAAGAACCUGAGGGAGUGA